AUAUGCUGUGAUGUAUCGGAUAGAAUGGUGUGUGUGUGUGUUUUUUUCCUUGAUCACGAGUCGGAGGCAAAGAUGCCGUGACGUCACCGACUCGGAACCCUGCUUGAGCAGAGGCGCAGUCGAAGUUGGAGUCAGAGACGCGUAUACGCGCGUCCGGCACCCGUUCGUGCGUCAUGACCGCGGCCGAGCAGAGCGGCGCUCUCAAAGCCGGAGGAGGAGAGUGUUUCCCGGGGACUGGAAGUUUGGACAUGCGUCCGAGGAGAUGGGAUGUCAGCUUUUUAACGCGUUGGAGACGUCAGGGAAAAUUGGUUUAAAAAGAUGCACUGUUGGAAUCCAUGGAGAGAUGGCAUGUGCGCUCCUCUGCAGUCGCCGGUGUACAAAAACAGCAGUGUGCGUCUUGUCCAUUUUCCUCUCCUACGUGGGAUAUUGCGCCCUUUUCCACGCGGACCCACUCAUAUUAAGGGAUCCAGUGCCCAGCUGCAAUCAGGCGGAUGGUGGCUCCCGGCGUCUGCGCCUCUCAUGCGCCUCAUCUUAUCCGUCUUCGCCCCCGUCCGGUGCGGCGGAGAGGCCACCUGCUUCUGCGCUCCUCCGCGCCAAGAGCGACACGCCCAGCCCGCCCGUCAGCCACCCAAAGUUUGGGAAUAAGAAGUUGCCGAACGCUAUCAUAGUUGGCGUGAAGAAGGGUGGCACCAGGGCGGUUCUGGAGUUCAUCCGGAUCCAUCCGGACGUAAGGGCUGCCGGUACCGAGACGCACUUUUUUGACCGGAACUAUAACAGAGGACUGGAGUGGUACAGAGGUUUGAUGCCAAGGACUCUUGACGGCCAAAUCACAAUGGAGAAGACUCCAAGCUACUUUGUCACAAAAGAGACGCCACACCGAAUAGCUGCAAUGUCCCGAAACGCCAAACUCAUCGUGGUCGUGCGAGACCCCGUCACCCGAGCCAUAUCCGACUACACACAGACUUUAUCCAAAUCUCCUGAUCUGCCCAGCUUCCAGGAGCUUGCCUUCCGCAACCAGAGCACAGGCUCGGUGGACACAUCCUGGAAUGCCAUUCGCAUCGGCCUCUACGCCCUCCACCUAGAGAACUGGCUGCGCUACUUCCCUCUGGCUCAGAUCCACUUUGUCAGCGGUGAACGGCUCAUUACGGAUCCAUCCGGCGAGCUGGCGCGGGUGCAGGACUUCCUGGGGCUCAAGCGCAUCGUCACGGACAAGCACUUCUACUUCAACCGCACCAAAGGCUUCCCGUGCCUCAAGAAGCCCGAAAGCAGCGGCUCGCCUCGCUGCCUGGGAAAGUCCAAAGGCAGGACUCACGUGCAGAUUGACCGGGACGCCAUUGAGCAGCUGCGAGAUUUCUACAGACCAUUUAACGUCAAGUUCUAUGAAAUGGUGGGCCACGAUUUCAAGUGGGAGUAAAGACUGAGGAUUCAUUUUCAAAUGGGAGCUAAUCUGCAAAUUUAGUACGAGCCACUGGAGAGACACUAAUGAGCCAAGACUUGAGAUGAGCAGGCAUCACCUCAUUGUCACGAUUUUGUGUUACUUUACAUUCAUACGGACUUGAUUUAUGAACAAAAGAAAGUACUUGAAAAUGACUUCCUAUUAGGAAUUGGAGAACAUUUCAAAAGCAAGACCUUGGAAAAUAUCACGGAAGUCUUCAGGGAGCGCUUCAAUGGACAUAAUGUAACAUGGAACUACUUUAUCACAUUUUCCGCAAAAUUGCAUUAUCGAUUGAUUGGGUCGAUUUACUGGCAUUAAUUAGAGUGCAGUGCUCAGCUGCAACCAGCAGAGGCGCUGUGGACUUAGUUCCGACAAAAAAAAAAAAACAACAUGACAUCAGCUACCGGAAGUUGGGCUACAGUAACACUUUCAGGCGUCAUUUACUUUGCUCAAGACCCCACUGUCAUGGAAACAGGAGUUCAGAAUGUUCACAGAGAUAUACUCCCACCAAAAAAUAAUGUAAUGUUUAUUUUUUGUUUGUUUUUCUGUGAGCCCCCAUAAUUUAAAAAGGAAAUGCCCUUUAAUAUGACACAUACUAUUUGAAGAACUUCCAUUGAGUUGGAUUUUGCAAAACCAACGUAUUAUAAGUAUUUGAAAAUAAUUGCAAUAAUUUUUUACAUGAACCAAUCUGAAAUUAUGAAAAACAUCAAUAAUUUUACAGAGCGGAAUGUAAUAAGUUCGCUGCCAGUUGUGGCUUGGGAGGAGAAAUUCAAGUAUGCUAAUCUGUAUCAGAAGACUGCAGUUUUAACAAAUUCCUCCCCAAAAAUUCUGGUAAACUGCAGGUCGGAUGUGAAUGUGGAAGUAGUGUCAAAGCGCUUUUAGUACCUUGAAGGUAGAAACGCGCUAUACAAGUACAACCCAUUUACGAUAUAGUGAUAUAAAACAAAAACUUACAUUAUAAGCGAAAAUUCCACUUAGUGGUACAGUUUAGUUCAAAACCGGUGAACCCAAAAGUGGAAUUGUGAUCGCGUACGUUAAAAGGGGGAUAUAUCAGAUUUGGGAAACAAAAAAACAACCGCUUUCGGUGCAGAACGAGUAAGGAUAAAUACAGAUUUCGGUACUUUUAUAGGUACCGACCGAAAUUCUACUGAGUACCAAUACACAUAAAACCAAAUGGUGGCAAAUUUGGAUACGUUUGUUGCAUGCAACUUCACGUACGGUUGCAUACUAAGCACCGUUUAAAGCACUUAGCAGGAAAACAAGCAGCAAAGCACUCAGAGUGGACUCUGGCCUCUGGGGCAUGUUGCAAUUUUCCAUACCAACAAAGCAAGAAGAAGGUGUUCAAAACUACAGUAAGGCGACACUUUUUGAAAUGCGAUACUAGUUCAAACACAUUGUAGAGCUCCACAAAAGAAAAUACUUGCACAAUCAUCUUUAAUGGCAAAGACUACUUUUUAAAUAAGGCUAUACUCUAUACACAAUUGUCUUGGAAUGUCAACUGUUUACAUAGUUUAAUGCAUUACAGUACAGUAGGGUACUGUACUAACGAAUGAGCCAAAGUAGUGUAAGAAAACAAGAUAACAACCGGACAGCACAGCUUGGUGGUAAAUGUUAAAUCGGACCUGUGAGUAAUUCUGCCUUUUCUGACUCAUUAAUGUUCUUACAAUGUUGGAUACUCAUGUUAAACAAUGCCAAACGGUCAAAUAAUAAAGUUAAUGUAUUUUGGUGUGAGUUUGCACAGUUAUGGAUGCCUUUGUUCAAUGGGUUUUUCAGCCUGGCUAGGUCAUGACGUCCUAUUGAGGUGGACGAACUUAUUUGGACAUUAGGUCAAGCUCCUCCCUUUCUGCUUAAGGCAAUAAGAAAACACAGAAAAUGUAAGAUAAAGUAUUGCUUUCAUAUAAUCUGCAUAAUAACAAUGUUGUGCACAAUGCAAUGACAUGAAUGCUGCUAAAAGAAGCAGGUGUGCAUUGAUUGCAGAGUGUGCAGGCAUACUCAAUGUUGUGACCAAGUGAAUCUAUAUAAUGCUUAUGAAGUUUAUUUUCCAUCGUGUAUAGAAAAAAAAAGCAUUGACGAUUUUAAGAUAUACAUUUAAAGAGGGUAGUUACUCUAAAAAUAAAUUAUGAUACUUUUGGAGAGGUUGGGGCGGGGAUUCAUUUGCAAUCUUGCAGACCGACUAAAAAAAAAUGGUUAUAAAAGUGACUGUGAAGGAAAAUUUACACCAAAGACAGCGAAUACAUUUCAUCUCAACAGCAAGAAAGUGUUGUACAUGUUGAAUAAAAUCACCGUAGGUACCUUUUAAAUUAAAAUAUAUAUAUAUAUCUAUUUGUCUGAACUAUUAAAAAUUUGAAUACACACAAAAUUAAAGAAAAUCGGUAUUGUUGAGUACCGGUAUCGAUUCACAGGUACAGUAUAGAUUUAAAUGCAAAAAGGUACCCAACCCAUUUGUGUAAAUUGCAUUUUAUUGUAAUGCAAAAAAAAUUGACGGAUCAAUGCAAAGCACUGUAGGGGUGCAACGAUUCAUUGAAAUUUUCAAUAAAUAUGGACAAUAAAAUUUGACGCUGACAAAUUCACUAGUCGACAGUAGUCGGUGUUGUCAUCACCCGUGUUUUUCUGCACGGAAGCGAAUCAGCUCAGCCGUUUGCAAUAACAUUGCAGGUGAAAACAUGUAAACUGUGGGAAAAUUUUACGCAAAUUUUGUUGAGGACAUGAAUACUUAGCUCAUUUUGCAAAGCAGACCUCGUUAGUUAUGGAAGAAGAUCUCUGAUACAAGAGCAUCAUAAAACGAAGGCAUGAUGUCGGACAUCUGGAGGAUGUGAUCUCAACUCGGUAAGAUAGUUAGCUUGGCACCUUUCUAGCUAACUAGUAUGUGUGUCACCUUGAGUUUGUGACGAACCCCCAGAUGCAGAGCUGACGGCAGGCAUGGAGCAGGAAAAAAUCAUUUAAUGUUAAAAAAUUAAGGCAAAAAACAAACCAGGAACUCGGAGACAGGAAACAGGAUGCCAGGAACAGGAACUAGAAGACGAGGGACCAAAAAGACAGCACACAGCAAACAGCUACAGUUUCAGGUACAAACGGUUGGAGCUACAAGUCGUAAUGAUAAUAAUCCAGCCCAGAGUGGAGGAACAAGCAGGUCUAAAGAGCACCUGGCUGAUCGACACCAGGUGUGGCCCGGUGCCAAUCAGCCACAGCUGAGGGGAAAAAUCACUCAGGGAUAAGGGCAGGAAAUAAAGACAAAAUAAGAGCGCUUACAGGAAAUAAGACAAACACAGAGGAAAACUAAAACAUGACCAAACUCUCAGGUACAAACCUGACAAAGUAGGAGACAAAGUUGUGUGAAAAAUAGAUUUAACAGUUAUUUUAGCCAAAGUGUUCCAGCAAAACGUUGUCUGUAUUAAUUCCAGUACUUCAGGUGUGAAGCUGCGUCAGCACAACAACAAACCUCAAAGACACACAAACACACACACACUACAUGAACUUAGACACAAGGGCACCGAUAUCACAAAACAAUAAAUAUAGAAUCUAUUAAAUAGUUAAAAUGUUCUGAAUGAAUCAAGUUUAUUAGAUUACUAAAAAUGCCAGGAGUUAAUUAAUAAUCAUUAAUAUACUGGGCAGCAUGGUGGAGAGGGGUUAGUGCAUGUGCCUCACAAUACGAAGGUCCUGAGUUGUCCUGGGUUCAAUCCCGGGCUCUGGAUCUUUC